UUGAUGAUAUGCAGAUGUGCAUGCUAUCAGUAUUCUUGAGUCUGUAGUCCUGCAUAGGGACAUGCAUAAUAAAGAAUAAUCAACAUUUUUCAUUGAACAAACGUCACUAUUAGCAUUCUUCAUUGAACUUCAUUGUUAAAUGAUAUAAAGUAUAGCGUGCAAUGCAUUGUUUUGAAUACAUAUGCAUGAAUGGUACACUAUGGGUACACAUUAAUACAUUACAGGGCUUUGGUCAAAUAUUGUUUUAAAUGUGCUUAAUAAAUCAGAUUUAUUACUUUUAUAUUGAUUAAAAUUAUUCUUUUGGACUAAUGCGUAGUCAUAUUUUGGCAACAUUUGACACAAUGUUGUUUAAUGGUUUUAAUCAUUUAUAGAUUGAAUGUAAAAUAAUUUGUUAAUACAUUUUUUUUUUUUUUUUUUGGCAAUCUUUUUUUGUAGGGUAGUAAUAAUCUGGAAGGAGUCUUUACAUAAAUUGUCAUGUGACACACAGCACAAGGUAUUUAAAAGGUGUUCUAUUUAAGAUAAUACCGUGGGCUAUGCAUUUUGAAUUCAAAUCACUUAAAACACAAAGAGCAAACUAAGUGGCAUUUUGCUUCUCUUUUAGACGCUGGGUUUCAAUUUUUGGUCUGACAUUUCGGGAUGUGAUGGCGAAGAGUGGGUGGAAAAUUUUGACAGAGAACCAAAGUAUCUUUUAUCGGCUCAUAACAGAACCGAAUGUUCACAACAAAGGCACCCAGGAUCGCCUCCCAAGUCACUGGCUCUUUCAUUUCCUGUUAUACAGGAAAUUGCCUUAGAGGCGACUGAUAGCUUUGCCUUAGAGCUGUAAUUUUAUCUCACUUUCAGCUUGCUUUCAUUAAAAAAGCGCCUGCAUUAUAUGGUGUAGCCAACACCAUUUAUUCAAUGUGGUCUUUAAACAGUGCACAUUUGCAAACACAACCACAAGGUGACUAAUUCUGCUCUGACAGGUGAUUAUCUCUCAUUGACCAAGUGUACAAGUCUCAGAAAAUCUAUGUAGCUUUAGUUUGUUUAUUUUACCUUACUAUAAAUAUCCAAUCCGCUUUAAAUAAGAAACUAUAUUGCUAUAAGUCAGACAGCUAAUAUAAAAUUGUUCACUUUUUGCAUUUUAUAUAUCAAUUUCAAUCAUGUUAAUGCCUUGUUCUUUUGCUGUGGAUAUAGAUCAACAUAACCUGAUCUGUGCAGAGCUUUAUACUACACCAGAUCAUGAGUAGAUUAAGACUGGUAAUACAUGAUCAGUAAACUACUGACAUAAUAUAACUUUUCUUUUUUUUAUGAUCCACGCAUCAGCCUCCCAAUGUACGCAAGACAGCAGGAGAGAGGAGUUCUUAUCAACGUCUUUCGUCACGCUAUAUAAGCAGGGCUCUGGCAGUGCUCGAGAAGGUGGAGUGCAGUGUAGAGCAGUGCACUCAGCAUCCAAUGGCUUCACAGGUACAGAAGAAGAAGGGGUCCGAGGCACUCCCUGUGCACUCUGAAAUGCACAGCAAAAACAAUACUCAAGAAACAAUGCCUGUGCCAUCGGACCCCCAAAAUCAGAAAAAAGGUCCUGAGAUCCCAAAGUCACCGGUGGGGCUGCUGAGGAAGAGGGGUAAGGAAGCAAUUCCAAAGAUGCAACCAUCGAUGAUGAUGUUUUCCAGCAAAUACUGGGCACGUCGGGGAUUAUCUCUGGAUUCAGCUACACUUGAUCAGCAGCACCUAGGAAAUAUGCUUCGUAGAACAUCCUUUAGUCGCAUAGAUGAGAAAACAGACAAAGAGGAUACAGUCUCAUCUUGUGACAGCAGUAAAACAGCAGUGAUUUUCUCUCUGAAGAACGAGGUGGGAUGUCUGGUGAAAUCUCUUCGGCUUUUCCAGGAAAAGCACAUCAAUCUGGCCCACAUUGAAUCCCGUAAAUCAAAGCGAGUUGCCUCUGAGGUGGAGAUAUAUGCAGAGUGUAACUGCACAAAAAAGGAAUUCAACGAGCUGGUGCAGCACCUCAAAGACCAUGUCAACAUUAUCUCUUAUAACACACCGCAAAAUGUGUGGUCAGUAGAGGCUGACUGUUUGGACUAUGUGUGUGUUUUGGGUGGCUUGCCAGAUGUUGAAGGCGUCCCUUGGUUUCCUCAGAAGAUCUCCGAAUUGGACCAGUGCUCACACAGAGUGCUUAUGUAUGGCUCAGAGCUGGAUGCUGAUCAUCCUGGAUUUAAAGACAACAUCUAUAGGCAGAGGAGGAAGUACUUUGUAGAGGUUGCAAUGAACUACAAAUUUGGCCAGCCCAUUCCACGCAUUGAGUACACAGAAGAGGAGGUGAAGACUUGGGGAGUGGUGUUCCGGGAGCUCACUAAACUUUAUCCCACCCAUGCCUGUCGCGAGUACUUGAAAAAUCUCCCACUGCUCACAAAACAUUGUGGAUAUCGUGAGGACAACAUCCCCCAGCUGGAGGAUGUCUCUCUCUUCCUAAGAGAAAAGUCAGGGUUUACAGUGCGGCCUGUGGCUGGUUACCUGUCACCUAGAGACUUUCUGGCUGGUCUGGCAUAUCGAGUGUUUAACUGCACCCAAUAUGUACGCCACAGCACUGACCCACUCUACACACCAGAGCCGGACACUUGCCAUGAGCUCCUGGGUCAUGUCCCACUCUUAGCAGAUCCCAAGUUUUCUCAGUUCUCACAGGAAAUUGGCCUAGCUUCUCUUGGAGCUUCAGAUGAAGAUGUGCAAAAGUUGGCUACUUGCUAUUUCUUCACCAUUGAGUUCGGCCUGUGCAAACAAGAUGGCCAGUUGAGAGCCUAUGGUGCAGGACUGCUUUCGUCAAUUGGAGAGUUAAGGCAUGCAUUAUCAGAAAAAGCUGUAGUGAAGCAGUUUGAUCCCAAAACUACAUGCUACCAGGAGUGCCUCAUCACAACUUUUCAAGAUGUUUACUUUGUCUCAGAGAGUUUUGAAGAGGCCAAAGAAAAGAUGAGGGAAUUUGCCAAAACGAUCAAGAGGCCCUUCUCUGUCUACUAUAACCCAUACACCCAGAGCAUUGACCUGUUGAAGGACACCAGGAGCAUAGAGAAUGUGGUGCAUGACCUCCGCAGUGACCUCACUACAGUCUGUGAUGCACUGGGGAAAAUGAACAAGUACCUUGGCAUCUAGAAGCACUCAAAUUAGUUGUAACCCUUUUUCUGCUUUGUAUUGAAAACCAAGCUGCAAUUGCAUUUCCUAGUGUCUAAUGGUGUUCUUUAUAAUAUAACCUGAUCCCAAAGUCAAGCAGAGCAUGGUCUUCCUGUCUGGUGUCUUCAUGCGUUUUCCAGCUUUCAUUGUCAGUUUAUUCAUUUGUACAUGCCUGCCAGUACUACAGAGGCGGCAGCAUGCAUCCAUUUGUGGUUGCUGAUUGUAAUUUGCUAAUCAUAGUAUUCUGUAAUCCAAUUGCCCAAGUUCCUGACUAGGUCCAACUUCAUUAUGAGAGAGCAAACAGGAAGUUUGAGAUUGAUGAUUCCAGAUGCUAAGGCAGAAAUAUACCCCAAUUUGUUCUAGUCAAUUAGAAGCAGUCUGCUUCACAGACCCAGUCUAUGGAAUAAUCUAGAAUAAAUGCUGUUGUACAUUAUAUUAGAAUCAUAUGGAACUGCUUUGUUGCUUUAGACUGAGAAAAAUGAUAUGGCAAUGGAAAUAAAUAUAUCCAAAAGAUUAUCAUAAAGAGUCUAGUAUUAAAUGUGUUACCUCUCUGUGCCUCUAUUUAAAUCUGAAAUGAGAGUAAUCAUAAAUCAAUGUGUGUUUUAUUUGUUUUACUCAGGCCGAGAUGAAUGUUAAUAGUAUUGUGCCUAAAAUAAACUGAAAACAUAUUAAAUUAUAAUAUAAUAUAUAUAAUUAUAAAUUAUCUGUAUAGAAUAUCAAUGGAUAAAACUGCAGCAUGUUUGAGUGAAUACUACAGUCCCUUUAUCUGGAUAGUGCUUAGAUGUACUGGUUAUAUUCGCAGUUGAUAAAUGUACCAGAUGCUUGUUUAUUAAAGCAUAUAUUUUAUGUCUUUUAUUUAUCUGUCUUAGUUUUUUAUUCUGUUUUCAACACUGAACAUAUUUCCAGUAACAGUGACAUACAACAUAUGUCAACAUAUGCACAUAU